UUGUGGUGUUGGGGUGGCUGCUCACACGUGCAGCUGCCUGUCCUCUUUGUCCUGCUUCACAGCUUCACUGGCUGCCAUGGGCACUGCCUACAGGGAGAGGAGCUGAGUGCUGCCUUUUUUUUUUCUUUUUCUUACAUUGCAUCCCUUGCAGCAGUCCUUAUCAGCACCUAGUCGUUGCAUCGCGAGAGGAGUCUCAGCCUAUUUUGCGCGGCUUCCGAGGCACAAUAACCGGAUUCCCAUAGGCGAUACCCAGCGACGUCUGCCCACCUGGAAGAUGCUGGGAUGAUGCAUGUUUUGAGUGUAUCUGGUUGGGCUCCGGCCGGCCGGGUUUCUUUUCGAUGGUGCACAGAGGUGUUUUCGGUGUUUUUAUGUUUCACCCUGAUUUGGAAACCCCCCAUCCCAUCAGGAGAUCCAUGACCCGUUUUACGUACCGUUGUCAUCAUGUCCCCAGCAUCGGCUGCAACGGGCAGUGAAAGCAGCACCACCACCGUCCCCGAAGAGGAGUCGGACAGCCCCCGAGAGGAGCAGCGGCCCCAUAAACAGUCCCUGACAAAAUCCUUGUGUCAGGAAACUCACUGGAAAUGCCUGCUGCUGUCCCUGCUGAUGUAUGGCUGCGUCGGGGUGAUGGCCUGGUGCCAGGUGACCAAGGUCACACGCCUCUCCUUCGACAGCGCCUACAAGGGAAGGUCUAUGAUGUACCAUGACAGUCCCUGCUCCAACGGCUACAUCUACAUCCCUUUGGCCUUCCUGGUCAUGCUCUACGUGGUCUACCUGGUGGAGUGUUGGCACUGCUACACCAAGAAUGAGCUGCAAUACAAGGUGGAUGUGGACAGUGUGGCAGAGCGCAUCCAGCGAAUGCAGCAGGCUACGCCCUGCAUCUGGUGGAAGGCCAUUAGCUACCAUUAUAUCAGGAGGACGCGGCAGGUGACGCGCUACCGUAACGGAGAUGCCUACACCACCACGCAGGUCUACCACGAGCGAGUCAACACCCACGUGGCUGAGGCGGAGUUUGACUAUGGGAACUGUGGGGUUAAGGACAUUGCGAAGCAACUGCUGGGCCUGGAGGACUUCCCCAUCACCAGGCUGAGGUUCACUAAGUGCUUUAGCUUUGCCAAUGUGGAGUCAGAGAACUCCUACCUGACUCAGCGGGCCAGGUUCUUCACAGAGAAUGAGGGCCUGGAUGACUACAUGGAGGCCCGUGAGGGGAUGCACCUGAAGAAUGUAGACUUUAAGGAGUAUAUGAUUGCCUUUUCUGACCCUAAUCACCUUCCCUGGUACGCAGCCAACUCCACUUUCUGGGUGGCAGCUGCUUUCACCUUCUCCUGGCCUCUGCGGGUGCUGACAGAGUACCGCACGGCCUGUGUACACUACCAUGUAGAGAAGCUGUUUGGCUUUGACUAUGUGCCAGUAACACCAUCUGAGGAGCGGCCGCAAUGCAGACACAUCCCACGAGUCAACACAAUCGACAGCACGGAGCUAGAGUGGCACAUCCGCUCUAACCAGCAGCUGGUGCCCAGCUACUCAGAGGCAGUUCUCAUGGACCUGUCCCAGCUCUCAGGGAGCUGUAACAACUACUCCGUAUGUGGAAGCUAUGGUAGCUACAGGCAGAACUGUGAACGCUGCCACCGUGCCAUCAGCAGCUCCUCCAUCUUCUCUCGCAGCACGCUAAACAUCUGCAACACGGGGAGCCCCCGCAUCCCCUUCAGCGCCAGCCGCUUUUCGCUGGGCCGAUUGUACGGCUCUAGGCGGAGCUGCAUGUGGAGGAGCAGCGGGAGCCUGAAUGAGCGGUCCUGCCCCACAGAGAGCACGAGCUGUCUGUCAGGCCCGCAGGGCAGUGAGGAGAACCCUCCAGCCUACCAGGACGCUCUGUACCUCCCAGUGCUCAUUGUACAUCGCAAUGAAGGCUGCCUCAACCACGACCACCGCUCCCUGCACAGAAACGGCUCCUGUGUGGAGACUUCUCUAUGACCCACGGCUGCCAGACUGAGCAAGACAUAUAAUGAUACAGGAACAGAGUGAGAAACCUCUUCACACCAGGGCUGAGCUAACAAUGACCUCUGCUUCUUCUUUUUACAACAGAGGUUACAAGUCACCUGCAGGUAACCACAAACAGAUUUGUUCACGUUUCUAAAGAUACUGUAGCCUCAAACAAAAAGGAAAAAGUAUAUCUGGAAAAGUCCUUACAGUACAGUCAAUAAGUCAAAGAAAAACAGACUUGAUGCUAUUGUUUAGACUGUUGUUUAAAAUACAAUGUGGCUUUAAAUGACAAAUUGCCAAAGUGUAAUGUACUGUCCUACAGCGUCCAUAAGAGGGUCAAAUCCCACUGUAAAUUCCAUAUUUGUAGAUCUUAGUUACAGACAAGGACAUGAGUAAUACUUUCUAGUAUUUGAAGCCUAAAAUGGGGUUUGACUCAGCGAUAGCCUGAGAAAUUGCCAAGAAAUGAAAGGGAUAUGACAAUUAUUGGUCACAUGAAUGAGAAAUGAAGAAAUAUUGGAGAAAUCUUAGACUCACACAUCAUGUGAGUCAAUUGAAUGAAUUAUGAGGGAAAUGCAUUUUGCAAAUUGCAGACUAAAUAUUUUUGCUGAAACAAAAUACAUGUCUAAUGGCUGUUACAAAGUGAAGUUAACCUAGGCCUGAAUCUAAAAUCUAAACAUCUGCAUGUGAAACUUUUUGAUACUGGCUGAUUUAAAUCUGUUCAUUCAAAGUCAAUGCUCAUGGAAGUCCAUUUCAAAUGGAAUACAUUUCCAUAGUAUAAAAUAAAUGUCUGAUGCAGUGGCUGAAAUAUCAAGUUAGCUGAAAUCGGCUUGGCUGCGAUGACAUUAUACUUCCUAGCUUGCUAAAUAUAGCAGCACAGUCAAUGAAUAAUUUAGCACAGGAGGGCUGAAGGACACGACAACUUCAAACUGAAUCAACACUUCUUCUGUUUUCUAUAAUGGCCAAUUACAUGGUAAUAACCCUCACCAUAAUAUUAAUAGAUCAGUGUCAACUCAGUUAGUUUAAAAUCUCAAAGAUGCAUUUGAUUUCAUUUUUGGCAAUAUUUUUAUUCAGCCUACCUCCUUAUUUAAGUGCCUAGCGAUCAACUGUUACUAACGAACAUAAGCUAUCAUAACUCAAUCAUCAUCUCAUCAUCUUCCCAUUAAAACAAGUUGAAUUUACACUCCUAAUAGCACAUUGUCUACAGUGCAUAGGAUCAAUUUAUAUAGUUUAAAAUACACAAGGUUUUAAGAAGCGGGUCCUAAAUGUUUUCAGAUGAUUUUCCUCAUAAUAUAACACAGCUCUCGUAUACUGCUGCUGACGCAUAUCAGAGAGAGCCAGAGAGCUGGCCAUCAAAGACGCUAGAAAAAGGCAGAGGCCUGGAUUCACUACUGAUCAUGUCAGAUUUAAUAAUAUGACAGGAUUAAUUUAAAGAAAAAAAAGUACUCUCAAAUGAGUGCAUGCAGUGUUUUAAGACUCGAUUAUACUCCAGACCGGAUUCGUACACAGAUAGCUGCGGACCCCAUGGGUGUCUAGUAGGUCUGUUUAUACUCUCCGUUUGGAGGAUGCGUUCCACACAUGUGCAGUAGAUUGCUGCAGUGAAAGAUAAACUGGCAUGGGCAGAUCAUUCUCCACCAUUAAGACCAUGAAAAUGUCCAUGAAUAUUAAAUGUCAGAAUCUUGCCUGUGGUCGGACACUUUCUGUGACUUCCUGUUACAACUUGUCUUCACAAUAAUGAGCCUGUAAAAUUGUGACCAAUUAGCCACACUCAUUACAUUCCAUGUUAAGGUUGUAGCUGCGAACUAUCUUUAUAGCAAUACUAGACUGACAACAGUCAAAGGAAGUGAAGCAUGAUAUAAACUGAUUCUAUCAAACCUUGCAUUUAAUUCAACAGACAGUUUAGCAUGAACGCAUUAUGUAAACUGUUUUAAACUGGUAUCACAAUUCACAGGUCAUCUAUGCAAGGCCCUAGAACUCAGGAUAGUAUACAGGGCAAAGAUUAUGCUACAACAACAUCCCCAAACCUGAUCAUCAUUCCUUUCUCUGAACUGAGCUAUUCAAAUGCUUCUGCAAGGACUAGCUGCAUAAUAACCAAAUCAUUUUUAAAUGAGGGGUUUGCACAAACAUGAUGUUGAACAAAAGUGACAUAACAUUACUAAUGUUCCCAUUCCAGAUAACAAAGGUGCAGAAGCAGGUCAGAUACAACAGAGAAUCUCAGAAUCAAAGAUUUCUGCUCCUCUCCAGGAUUUUGGUUGCACCAGCUAUUCAUAAAUAAGUUCUUAGUACUAGCUGGAUAGUUUUAAACUAGCGAUGUACUAAAUCGUGCUGAACCAUUAGAACUUGAGAAAAGUCUUAGCAAGUAAAGACCUUUGUAUUGUGCAAAUUGGUUAACAUUGGUAACAUAGCUUCCAUAUGUUACACAACCUAACUGUUAUUUUGUCAUUUAGUUAUUGACAUAACAUUUUGUAAAUUGAGGUAGAUUGCCUUAUUUUUUACAAAACAUAACUACAUAUUAUUAAUACAUCAUUAAACAGCAUUUCAAUCAAGUGUCGUCUGCUGACCAUAUUCCAUAUUACCUCUGUUACUCUUCAAUAUAAAUAGAUCAUGAAUUAACAAAUUAGUUUAGUGCAGUUACAGUUACAACUGGCAGAUAGUUGGUGAAAAUAUUUAUUAACAACUAAUCUUUCUACUUAAGAACUAGUUUGUGUGGUACAACCCAUUUUAAUUUAGUGAUGUGUAAAUCUCAGUAAUCUCACUCAGUAAACACUUAACACAGGCAAGUUUGAACAGCUGGGGCAACCUACUCCAGGUCCUGGUGUUCAUAAUACUUAUGUAUUUAGAUCGCUCAUAUAAUGUUCAAGAAAUUGUUUAUAUAUAGAAAUUUAAAUGACAAAAUCAAUACCAAUUUGAUGUCUGAAAUAUGAAGCUCCCACCAGCAGCAGGUUAGCUUAGCUUAACACAAAGACUGGAAAUAAGGGAAAAACAGCUAGCCUGGCUGUGUCUGAAUAAAAUCCACCUCUCAGCACCUCUAAAGCUCACUAUUUAACGUGUUUUAUCUGGUUUGUUUAUUCUGUACAAAAACUGAAACGACAAGUUGUUAUUUUACAGAGGGUAAAAUCAACAAUCAAAGUAGUAUUGAUUUUCUCAUCUAACUUUCAGCAAGAAACCAAAUUAGCAUAUUUCCCCAAAAUGUCAAACUAUUCCUUUAAUGGUAAUGGGUGGUGUACUACGCAACCUUUUUGAGCAACAUAAACAGCAUUUUAGCGGGAAAACCAAACAAGACGCAGGGAUUGAAAUUCAUUAAUUUCAUUUCUCAUGAAGUGCUGGAUUAUAUCCUAGCAUACAUUGGUCAGAAGGCAGGGAAUUAUGAACCAUGUACUGUGGGGUAAAGUGUAGAACUAUAAGGAAACCACAAGGAAGAGCAUGCAACUCCACAAGGGAUUAAACAUGUAAAAUCUACAGUAUAUAUGAUUUUGGAUUUUAGUCACUGUCUUAUACUGAAGUUAUCACAUUCUCUCAUUCAUGAUUAGACAACAAGCCUGUCAGAUGGCUUCACUGUGAUCCAUACAUAGUCAUGUGUAGACAAAUGUGUUUACCAGUGCAAUGUUUACAUAACAACAGUGACAAAAAAACACAUUCAAAACUGACUGGAAGGUUCAUAACUAGACAUUUUUUCUCCAUAGACGACUGUUAGCAUAAAAGCUUUUGUCAUAUAAAGCACUGAACCCUUUAUCAAGUGUAUUAAGUAGUUUAGGUUGUUAUGAUAUGUACUCUGUCACUCAAGAAUGCUCUGGGGGUUUGUCUUUUUAUAUUUAAAUGACUGUGGAUUUUCAAAACUGUAAAGGCAGAAAGGAUUUGUACUGUACAUAAAAUAGAGACGAGAGGUUAGAAUGACUGUCGAUGUGGAUCUUGUGCUUUGCCAAAUGUGUCGCGCACACUUAAAGGUAACUGAAGCAGGGACAUUUUUGAUGUGCAGAUGUUAAAUGGCAAGUUUGUUAAGUUACAAAUGGCAAUACAAUCCACUGUAAAAAUGUUCAUGCAACACAGCCAAUUUUUACAUUGUUCAAUCAUAUUUGAUACACCUUUAUUUAACUGAAAAGUUUAUCAAAACGAAAAAUGGUUGGGUGAUUGUUGAUAGUGAUUACUGAUCUAAAGAAUAUCAGUAUUCUAUUUUAUGUAGAUUUCUCUAUGUGCUAGUCCACCAUCUACAUAUAGAAUAGCUUUGCCUCUCUUCAUAUGAUUCUAGGAAACAAUUAGUAAUUUUAAGAUUAAUUACAGUAAAGAUGUUUUGUUGCUCACAAGCAAAUGUGUUACUACUAUAUUAUUAGUCAGUAGAUAUAGGUUUAAAAAACGACAACACAAGUCUGUUUGUAUUCCAACACCACCACAACGUUGCCUUGAUGUUACAUAUGGACUGAAUACCAAAUCUGUGUAUCAAAAUGGAAGAAAAGGUUCCUCAAUAAACUGAAAUGCUCACA